GCCCAGCGCUGGGUCUUCACAAAAUAUUGAAAUUCUGGGAGGCUGCCAUCAACUUUUCCUCCCUGAUUCUUCCUUCAAAAGGUUGUCCCUACUCACCAAAUCGCCCAAGAUGAAGCGCAAGGCCAGUUCACGAAUUGAUGACAAGAGAGCGUCCAAGAAGAAGACCAAGACGACUCUCUCGGCCGACGUCGCAAAGUCGAGAUUCCGCAAGGGUCUCUUUGACAAGAAAGUCCACGACGCCUACACGAAGCAGUACGCCGAAUCGAGCCCCUACAAGCACUCCGUCAUCAACGGCCUCGUCGACGACGCCCUCCUCCGCUCCGUCCGCGACGAGAUCCGCGAAAACGUCUCCUUCACCCCCAAGGAAACCGACAUUUACAAGAUCCACCAGUCGGGUGACCUCGCAAACCUCGACGGCCUCGACGAUGACGCCCUCGCCAAGCUCCCGAGCCUGCUGUCGCUCCGCGACGCAAUCUACUCCGAGACCUUUCGCGACUACGUCUCCCACAUCACCGGCUGCGGACCCUUGAGCGGCCGCAAGACCGACAUGGCUAUCAACGUCUACACCCCCGGCUGCUACCUCUUGUGCCACGACGACGUCAUUGGCAGCCGCAAGGUCAGCUACAUCCUCUACCUCACCGAUCCGGACACGCCGUGGAAGCCCGAGUGGGGCGGCGCCCUGCGCCUGUUCCCCGUCCUCGAGCAACAAGGCAAGGACGGCGAGAUUGCAAAGACCCCGGCGCCGGAUCACACCAAGGUCAUCCCGCCCGCGUGGAACCAGCUCUCCUUCUUCGCCGUGCAGCCCGGCGAGUCCUUCCACGACGUCGAGGAGGUCUACCACGCCCAGACGAAAGCCCAGCUCGAGGCCGAGGGCGGUCGCGUCCGCAUGGCCAUCUCGGGCUGGUUCCACAUUCCCCAGAUUGGCGAGGACGGCUACGUCGAGGGCGCCGAGGAGAAGCAGGUCAAGAAUUCGGGUCUCAUGCAGCUCCAGGGCAACCCGGACCAGCACGACACCCCGCAGGCGCGGCCCGUGAAAGUGGAUAAGCCCAAGGCCAGCCUCGAGGGCUUCGACGAGGCCGGGCUCGAGUUUUUGUUAAAGUACAUUGCGCCGACGUACCUCACCCCGGACACGCUGGAGCAAAUCUCGGAGCACUUUGAGGAGAACUCGAGCAUCACCCUCUCCAACAUACUCUCCAAAAAGUUCUCCGCCAGACUCAAAGAGUAUAUCGAAUCUCAAGAAUCCUCCAAGCAACACGCCCUCGCAGACAACGACAGCGACGCCAUCGAGAAGAAGUCGGCGUGGCGCGUCGCCCGACCCCCGCACAAGCACCGCUUCCUCUACCAGCAGCCCGCGGGCGCCGACGAGCUGCGCAGCGCGCACGAGGAGAACCCGCUCACGGAGCUGCUCGACCACUUGCUCCCCUCGCGGCAGUUCCGCGAGUGGCUGCAGGUCGCCACGGGCACCGUCGUCGAGAACCACGAGUUCCUCGCGCGCCGGUUCCGUCGCGGACAGGACUAUACCCUCGCGACGGGCCACGACGGGAAGCCCCGUCUCGAGUUCAACCUUGGUAUUACCCCGUCCAAGGGCUGGGGCGACGAGGAGGAAGACGCAGAGGAAGAGAAGCCCGAGGAGGAGGAGGAAGAAGAAGAAGAAGCAAAGCCCAACGGCAAAGCAUCAAAGAAGCGCAACAAGGGUAAAGGCAAAGCCAAAGCCGAACCCGAACCCGCACCUGCACCAGAAGAAGAAACCGAAGUCGGCGGACACGAAGUCUACAUGGCAGGCGACGACGGCGAAGAGGACGAGGACGCGGCGAUUUACAAGUCGUCGGGCGACGACGACAACAUCCUCUUCUUCCAGGCCGCCGCGUGGAACAAGCUCACGCUCGUGCUGCGCGACAGCGGCACGCUGCGUUUUGUAAAGUACGUCGGGCGCGCUGCCAAGGGGGACCGGUGGGACGUCUCGGGCGCGUUGGAUAUUGAGGAUGAAGAUGAGGAGGGAGCAAAGAAUGGUGGCGGUGGUGAUGAUGAUGGGGAGGAGGAGUCUGAGGAGGAGUGGAAUGGGUUCUCUGAUUCUCCUGCCGCGCAGAGCGAUAGCGACUGAGAGAGCUGCUCCGGGUUGUGUUGGUGUGUGGGUGUAUACACUUGAUGUAUAUCCCACCUGAUGCUUUGGUUUUUGGGGAUUCACACGGCUAGACAUGAAAAGUUUAUGAAUUACAAAGAUGAUUGUCU